GUCCACAUUCAACAAAGAUUAAAAAAGGAGCCACGUGGUGUUUUAGCUGCAAAACAUAAUCAGACAGGCAGGGAAACAAGAGAGCGAGAGAGAAAGAGACCAAAACGAUGUCACUCACCUUCUCCGUCUCCUCUCUUCAUCCUCUCUACAAUUACAAACCCAUCUCCACCACCACUCUCCCUCCGAAACCUCGAUUUCUGUCCAUCAAAUCUUCUUUAGACGACGAAACCCAAAAACAAACCUCUUGGGUCAGCCCAGACUGGCUAACGUCCCUCACUCGCUCCUUAUCCUUAGGCCGAAACGAUGAUUCAGGGAUUCCCAUUGCCAGUGCUAAGCUUGAAGAUGUGUCUGAUCUUUUAGGUGGUGCUUUGUUUCUCCCUUUGUUUAAAUGGAUGAAUGAUUAUGGGCCUAUUUACCGUCUCGCUGCUGGCCCUAGAAAUUUCGUUAUAGUUAGUGACCCUGCUAUUGCUAAACAUGUUUUAAAAAAUUAUGGUAUUAAGUAUGCCAAAGGCCUUGUUGCUGAAGUCUCUGAGUUUCUCUUCGGCUCCGGUUUUGCUAUCGCCGAGGGCCCACUUUGGACUGCAAGGCGCAGGGCAGUGGUGCCUUCACUGCACAGGAAGUAUUUGUCAGUGAUAGUUGAAAGGGUGUUUUGCAAAUGUGCAGAAAGGUUGGUGGAGAAGUUACAAGCAGAUGCAUUGAAUGGCAAUGCUGUAAAUAUGGAAGAGAAGUUUUCUCAAUUGACACUUGAUGUCAUUGGUCUUUCAGUAUUCAACUACAAUUUUGAUUCAUUAACUACUGAUAGUCCUGUUAUUGAUGCUGUUUACACUGCAUUGAAAGAGGCAGAGGCUCGUUCCACUGACCUUUUGCCAUAUUGGAAGAUUGACGCUUUGUGUAAGAUUAUACCGAGGCAAAUAAAAGCGGCAAAGGCGGUUAUGGUUAUUAGGCAAACUGUUGAGGAACUUAUUGAGAAAUGCAAAAAGAUUGUGGAAAUUGAGGGUGAGAAAAUAAAUGAGGAGGAAUACGUGAACGACAAUGAUCCGAGCAUUCUCCGGUUUUUGCUUGCCAGCAGGGAAGAGGUUUCAAGUGUACAGUUACGAGAUGACCUACUGUCAAUGUUAGUUGCUGGCCAUGAGACAACUGGUUCAGUAUUGACUUGGACUUUGUAUCUCCUGAGUAAGGAUUCUUCUGCACUGAUGAAAGCACAAGAAGAGGUUGACCGAGUACUACAGGGAAGGCCUCCUACAUAUGAUGAUAUAAAGGAUCUAAAGUAUUUGACACGCUGCAUAAAUGAGUCCCUACGUCUCUACCCACAUCCUCCUGUCUUGAUAAGAAGAGCCCAAGUUGCUGAUGUGCUUCCUGGUAAUUAUAAGGUUAAUGCUGGACAAGAUAUAAUGAUUUCAGUGUACAAUAUUCAUCACUCCUCCAAGGUCUGGGAGAGAGCAGAAGAGUUUGUGCCAGAGAGAUUUGGCUUGGAUGGCCCAGUGCCUAAUGAAUCAAACACAGAUUUUAGGUUCAUUCCUUUCAGUGGAGGACCCCGUAAAUGCGUUGGUGACCAGUUUGCUUUACUUGAAGCCAUUGUUGCACUUGCAAUCUUUCUACAGAAAAUUAACUUUGAGCUGGUUCCUGAUCAGAACAUUCGCAUGACCACUGGAGCAACAAUACACACUACAGAUGGCCUGUACAUGAAACUCAGCCAAAGAGACUUAAAUGUCUUUGCUUCAUCUUCUUCUGGAGGUAGCCGUUGUAAUCUUUGAUAACUAAGCAUCUUGAAUGGUCAUUCUCUGAGAUAAAAAUGAGGCAUCUCAAGUUUUCCAUAAACCAUGUUGCUGUGGUUUUGGUAAGCUGCUUUCUGGGAUAACGAAGUAUUCUGAUCUUGACUUUGAACUAUAUGUCUAAAUUAAUACAAUGGUAUGAAUGCAUCAUGAAUGAGCUUGCUGUAAUAACUUCGUUUUUAACCUGAACCAACUCUUAGCAU